AUGGCGGUGAACGCAACGAAAAGAGGUAUGCCGUACUAUGCAGGAAUAAUUGACUUGGUGAAUGGUCAUGAUAUUUAUGUAAAAUUUCCAGGAGAACACGGCGAUAGACCAUACUUAUACGAGAGAAGCGAUUUACGACCAUUUACCACACAAUUCCCGAAUGGCAAGUUUAAACCAUUAAAAGCUAUACCCGCACAUAAAAAUUCACAAUACUUGCGGCGAAAAAUACGGAACUAUGAACAAAAUGUAAUAAACUUUUUAAAUUUGAUGUGA